CACGCCGUUCUAAUUGGAAUAAUUCUCUCGCAUUGAUUUCUCGCUCGCGGCCGAGGGGAGAGUAGUAGUAGGAGGGGGGUGGUGGCAGUUUUAUCGAUCGUAGCAGAAGCGGUACUUCUCCCUCUCUCCCUCGCUCAUUCCUAAUCUGUGCGGAACUACGGCGACUCUCCUCCGGCGCAAGAGCGUGGUUCCUUCCUCAUUCCGCGGCGAGUCCUGCCCUAGCCCUGCUACCGGUCCCGUCCUAACCCUGUUACCGGUCCAGUGCUAGCCCAUUCACCGGUAAGGUGGCCGGCCUUUUGCCAAGCAGCUCCGGGUGGACUCAUCCCGUGGCUUCCUGGGCGAAGCCUCUCGGGAUGGCACCAUCACCGCCGCCCCCGAUGGUGGUGAUGGUGGUGGUGGUGACGGUGGCGGUGAUGGUGGCGACGGUGCCGCGGGAGGCGAUGUCGCGCCGUGCCGGCAGCGCGGUGGAGCCGAGCAUCGAUGAUCGGCGCUUCAUCAUCGAGUGCGUGCGCGCGCACAACUUCUUCCGCUCCAUGGUCAACCCGCCAGCUCGCAACAUGCUCUACAUGAGCUGGGACAAGGCGCUGGCCCUCACCGCCAAGGCGUGGGGCUCCAACUGCUGGUUCGAGCACAACGUCCACCUCCGAGACGAGGGCCGCGUCCACCCCACGUUCACCACCGUGGGCGAGAACCUUUGGGGCGGUUUCCUGAGCUCGUUCAACGCCACGGCCGCCGUGCAGGCCUGGUACGAGGAGGUGCACGACUACGACUUCCCCACCUUCACCUGCCAGCCGGGACGCGUGUGCGGACACUACACGCAGGUGGUGUGGGAUGACAGCUACAAGGUCGGCUGCGCCGUCCACGUCUGUCCCAGCGGCAUGAAGGACUUCCCCUGGAUGGACCGCCCCGACACCACCAUCUUCGUGUGUAACUACGGACCCAGCGGGAACUUCCCCCGGCAGCCUUACUCACCUGGACCGUCCUGUGCCGUCUGCCAAGAUCGAUGCAACAACCGCCUGUGUCGAAAUCAAAGCCUGGAAGAGGUCCGAGAGUACCCAGGCUGGGACCCGUCAUUCCCGCUGGGCUCGUGCGAGUCGGGCUGCGUCGCGGGCAUCGUCCUGGGCGCCCUCACGGUGCUCAUCGCCGUCGCGGGCGGCGUCUACGGGGCAGCCCGCAAGCGCCUUGCCCGCAGGGCGCGCGUGGGCACGGCGCCCCCCGGGCAGCCCGGGGCGACGCAGGCGCCCAACGGUGACGGGCAAGGUGCCGCUGUGGGCCACAAGCAGUAGAGGGGGAGAGGAGGGGUUGGGGGUUGUUGUUGUUGUUGAUGGGUUAGCUCGGAGUAAAAAUGUCAGGGCUUUCGUGAACAGUAUCAUCCACAAUACAGGUUGUUGUUGUUGAUGAUGGGUUAGCUGGGAGUAAAAAUGUCAAUGUUUGAGAGGGAGGGGCGGAGGAGUGGGAGGGUUGUUAUUGUUGUUGUUGACGAGUUAGAUCGGAGUAAAAAUGUCAGGGCUUUCGCGAACAGUAUCAUCCACAAUACAGGUUGUUGUUGUUGUUGAUGAUGGGUUAGCUGGGAGUAAAAAUGUCAAUGUUUGAGAGGGAGGGGCGGAGGAGUGGGAGGGUUGUUAUUGUUGUUGUUGAUGAGUUAGAUCGGAGUAAAAAUGUCGGGGCUUUCGUGAACAGUAUCAUCCACAAUACAGGUUGUUGUUGUUGUUGAUGGGUUAGCUGGGAGUAAAAAUGUCAAUGUUUGAGAGGGAGGGGCGGAGGAGUGGGAGGGUUGUUAUUGUUGUUGUUGAUGAGUUAGAUCGGAGUAAAAAUGUCAGGGCUUUCGCGAACAGUAUCAUCCACAAUACAGGUUGUUGUUGUUGAUGAUGGGUUAGCUGGGAGUAAAAAUGUCAAUGUUUGAGAGGGAGGGGCGGAGGAGUGGGAGGGUUGUUAUUGUUGUUGUUGAUGAGUUAGAUCGGAGUAAAAAUGUCAAGGCUUUCGUGAACAGUAUCAUCCACAAUACAGGUUGUUGUUGUUGAUGAUGGGUUAGCUGGGAGUAAAAAUGUCAAUGUUUGAGAGGGAGGGGCGGAGGAGUGGGAGGGUUGUUAUUGUUGUUGUUGAUGAGUUAGAUCGGAGUAAAAAUGUCAGGGCUUUCGUGAACAGUAUCAUCCACAAUA